AUGUCUGUUGCCAUAAGCCCGGGGCCCCCCACCGAGGCCCCUGUGGGGCCCCCCGGGGAGGCCCCCCUGCAAGAGGCCCCCCCGGGGUCCCCCCCGGGGUCCCCCCCGGGGGCCCCCCUGGGGGCCCCCGAAGGCCCCAGAGAAGAAAAGACCUUCUUUGGAUUGCCCACAGCGCUGAGGCCAGAUGGCCGGCUGAGUGCGAAGGCCUUGAGGCCAAUUUCUGUGGAGUUGGGGCCCCUGAGGGGCCCCCGAGGCAGCGCCAGGUGCUCGCAGGUGGGGAGUCCUCAGCAGCAGCAGCGGCAGCAGCAGCACCAGUAG